UGCUAAACAGCAUCUACUUGUCUAUCUGCUUUUCAAACUUCUAGUAUAAAGGCGUUGCAAUUAAUAAAAUAGCCAACAACUGCAAAAUGCCGGUCGCUGUGUCUCCAAAAACGCACCGGGAGGAUGAUGUCAACUAUAACUUGCAUUUCAGAAUGAUAAACGAGCAACAAGUGGACGAUAUCUGCCUUGAUUUCUUCUACAAACCGCACACCAUCACACUCCUGACAGUCACUGUGCUCAGCCUGAUGUACUUUGCGUUUACAAGGGAUGAUGAGCAGUCUGAUAACAACCUCCGAGUUGGUCUUUUGGUGGUUGUCUCCUUCUUCUUGGUCAUCAGUAUCCUGGCCUUUCCUAAUGGACCUUUUACCAGGCCACACCCUGCAGUAUGGCGAGUGGUGUUUGGACUCAGUGUGCUGUACUUCCUGUUUCUUGUCUUCCUCCUCUUCCUCAACUGGGACCAAGUAAAGUUACUGAUGUACUGGCUGGACCCAAAUCUGCGCUAUGCCAAACGGGAAGCUGAUAUCAUGGAAUAUGCUGUGAACUGUACAGUGAUAACAUGGGAGCGGAUCCUGACCCACUGCGACAUCUUUGCAUUGGGUCACUUUGCAGGCUGGGCUGUAAAAGCUCUGCUCAUCCGCAGCUACGGCCUCUGUUGGACCAUCAGCAUUACCUGGGAGCUCACUGAGCUGAUCUUCAUGCACCUGCUGCCGAACUUUGCGGAGUGCUGGUGGGAUCAGGUGAUUCUGGACAUCCUGUUGUGUAAUGGAGGAGGCAUCUGGAUCGGUAUGACCGCCUGCCGGUAUUUGGAGAUGAGAACCUACCACUGGGCCAGCAUCAAGGAAAUCCACACCACCACAGGGAAGAUAAAGCGAGUGGUGCUCCAGUUCACCCCGGCCAGCUGGACUUAUGUGCGCUGGUUUGACCCAAAGUCCUCCUUUCAAAGGCUGGCAGGCAUCUAUAUCUUCAUGAUCCUCUGGCAGCUGACAGAGUUAAACAUGUUCUUCCUGAAGCACAUAUUCGUCUUCCAGGCGUCUCACGCUUUCAGCUGGUUACGCCUCAUUGUCCUUGGAGCCAUCACUGCACCCACUGUACGACAAUAUUAUGCAUAUAUGACUGACACUGAGUGUAAACGAGUUGGCACCCAAUGCUGGGUGUUUAUUGCCAUCUCUCUCCUCGAGGCUCUUGUUUGUGUUAAAUUUGGUAACGACUUGUUUUCCAAGACACAAGUUCGCUAUGUGCUCCUGUGGCUGGUGAUUCUGGCCUUCAUCACACUUCUAUGUCUAUAUGGGAUGAUGUGGUACGAGCAAAAGAAAAUGAAGAGCCUUUCUGUACAAAGUGAAGACCACGAUGGCAGCAGUGUUGACGAGUCGUGCGGUGUCGUCCCAGUUGGCAUAGCAGCUGAGAGAGAUUCAUUGAGUUUACAACCUACAAAACUGAGGGAAGCAUCUGUGAGGAACAGAUUUGUGAAUGAACAUGGAGGAAAGGAACAAUAAACAAGAGCACUUUUACUUCCUCUAUGAAAGGGUGAAGGACGCAACCAACAAGGAGCAUAGAGUAUGCAAGUAAAUGUACUAAAAACAUGUUGUAAAAGUUGCUUCCUAGGGGUAAGAACGCAAACUCCAAAACAAAUUCACACCAACGAGCCUUUAUACAAUCGGGUCAAAGGUGAAACACCAAUUACAGCUUAGGCAGCAUUUACAAAUCUUAAUACUGAAGGAAAAGCACGUAAUUGGUCUUGCAUUCGAUGUCAAUUAUUUCAACCAGACUUGAUCAAGUAAAGAAUAUGCACUGGAUUUUGAAUUUAAAAAACUGCCUUUUUUGACCGAAAACACUAGAAGGCUGCAUACACACAUCAUGUUCUACCUAAAAUGACUAAACGUUGUUUGGACACUUUGCCCUGUGGGAAAUGUAAUGUCCAGUCAGGGAAAUGUUUAUACUAAUGUUUACUAAGAGUUUUGUUUUGCACCUAACCUCUUUAACUAUUUUUUUAAUAUGACUGUCUACUCAAUGCAAUGCCUUGCUAGAAAGCUAAAGAGCACAUCGUUUUGUAAGACAUUUCAUUUGGUGAUGAGUUUUUGUUUAACUUUUUGGAUUUGAUACAUUUGUGUUUUGUAUGUAAUCAUUUCUAAAAUCAACCACAAUUAACACUGAUUUGUAAAACAGUAAAGCAGUGGUAGAUACACUACUGUUUGCUUUUCUGCAAUCAUAUUUAUAUCAGGAGAGAUGUUUUUGUGUACUUUUAAAUGAGAAGUAGAACCAAGUGUUACUAGACCAACUGUAGUGUUUUCAUGUUACCCUUUUUAACUCCAAAUUAUGUGAAACUGUGGACAUUAGUGUUUCUUUGUUAUUAGAGGGUGAAGUUCAUGAUAGGUGUGCUAAGAGAAUACUGUGACAUUUAAUGUAAAAGCACUGUGGUGGUAUGAAAUAGCAGAGGAUACGCCCUUGUGAAAUUAUCUUUUCACUGGCUAUUGAUUUUUUUUAAUGAUCCGAAUGUGAUAUUAAUAUCAGAAAGUUAGUGAUUAGUCAAUAUAAGUUGUUUUUAAUAUCAUUGAAUGAUGCAAUAAAAUUCAUAAUUGAUAUCAGAGUGUGUUUUCAAACUUCCUAGUUGUCAGCUUUUUGAAUUUGUAUUUAUGUUUGAAUUACACUUUUUUGUUGUAGUUCUGCCUAAGUGGUUUUAGUCCUUUGGCUCUCUACAAAGCUGUAAGUGUCAGCCUGACUGUACUGUAUUUAAUUUAAAGUGUUAACAUUGUUAUAACCUCUAAUAAACUCAUAAUUUGUACUGAUUAUAAAAU